AUGGUCGCUCGGUCCCUCGAAGUGGAUAAAGACCCAUUUAGACCCAAAAAAGAUAAUGAAGAAAUGUUAGGGCCAGAAGUUCCCUAUCUGAGCACCAUUGGAGCACUUCUUUAUCUCGCAAAUUGCACCAGGCCUGAUAUUGCAUUUGCGGUGAACUUGCUAGCAAGGUAUAGUGCUUAUCCUACAAUGAGGCAAUGGAAUGUCGUUAAACAUUUCUUUCGCUAUCUUCAAGCCCACCACCAGAAGCUCAGCCCGCGACUGAACCGCGGAGGCGGCGGGCGAGAAGCCGAUAACGAUUUUGACAGUUCGCCUGUCCUUCUACACCAAGAAACCGAGCCCACGACGAAGAUCAGCGACAUCUUCGGCUCAUCGGCGUCGUCCGCGUCAUCAUUCGGCGAGGUUCCGUCGCCGGCGUCAUCGUCGGCGGUGGAUUUGGAGGAGGAGGGUUUGGCGAGGAGAGCGUUGAAGGGCAGAGAGAGGUGGGUGUUCUGUGAACAUGAGGAGAAAGAGGGGCGGAUGAGGAAGAAGAACGGGGGGCUGUUGAAGCUGAAGCUUGAUUACGAGGAGGUUUGGUCGGCGUGGUCGGAUAAAGGGCCGGUUUUUAUCGAUGGAGAAGCUCCGCAGGUGGUGCCGGAGUUGAUGAAGGGUUGGUACGAGGAUGAUAGCGUUGUUCCCUCUAACGUUUUGGUGGAAGUGGGAAACGCCAGCGCACGGGCAGUGCCGGAAAUGGAGGUAGAUGGUAAGGAAAAAAUCUCGGAAGGAGAUAAUAAUAAAAUGAAAAGGGAAGAGAGAGUGAUGAGAUACAAAGCCAAGAGGCAAAGCAGACUCUUCGCUAAACGAAUCAGAUAUGAAGUCCGAAAGCUCAACGCAGAGAAACGUCCCCGAAUCAAGGGUCGAUUUGUGAAAAGAGUCGAUGAUAUGUAAGGAUGUUUGUUUGUGAGCAAUAAAAUGAAGAAUUGAAGAUCACUUCAAGAGUUGGUUUCAUCUUCUUCUUGUGCAUUAAUACAAAAAUUAAAAAUAAAAGUAUUUUAUUAUUGACUGUAUUGAUUGUAGAACAUUAGUGCAUUAAUGAACUAGAAGAGGUGAAGUGAUAUAUGAAUUAUGCGGCAGCCUUCCUGA